AGCUGCUCCAAUUUUCACAUAUGGAGUUGUUCAGUUUUUCUCUUCGGCCUUCGCCAUCGUGACUGCUCAGCAACAGCAAUAUUAUGUUCUCUGCAACGAUGUUGAUGCCUGUUGCAAAAAAGGUUUAUUAUGUUCUGUACUAAAAAUUUUGAAUCAUAAAUAUUCUUCUACGUGAGAAAAUAUCGGAAAACUGUCUCAUUGUAGUAUAGAAGAAAAACACUCUCAUAUUAGACAAUCCGAACUGAGAAUGGAUCAAUCAAACAUUUCCGAGAAGAGAAAAAAAUCAAUGCAGAACUAACGGAAUUAACACGACAUUCCGAUUCCUCGUCCGGCACGACAAAAUCGCUAACAAAAAAAUAGUAACCAGUCAAACUAAAGAACUCAUAAAUAACAGCUCGAAAUAAAUCCCUUUUAAAUCCUUCGCCAUGAAACCUUCCGCCUCACCUUCCAACAUGGCCGGAAUUUCACUUCCCACUUCUUACCGGCCAUCCAUUCCCACCCUCCUUCUCCUCCUUCAUCUCGUCUUUCUCUUCUUCCCUACCGCCAUCCUCUCCAUCGGUAUAAACUAUGGAACCUUAGGCAACAACCUCCCGCCUCCAGCUGAAGUCGCAUCGUUCAUUAAAUCUCGGACAACGAUCGACCGGGUGAAGAUCUUCGACUGCAAUCCGGACAUCCUCCGGGCCUUCGCCGGCUCCGGCAUCCCCCUCGUUAUCACCGUCCCCAAUGGCGACAUCCCCUCCCUCUCUCGCCUCCCCAGCGCCACCGCCUGGGUUGCCGCCAACGUUUCCCCCUUCUAUCCCGCCACGAACAUCUCCCUUAUCGCGGUCGGAAACGAGAUCUUGGCCACCGGCGACAGAAACCUAAUCGUUCACCUCGUCCCUGCAAUGCGAUCCCUCUUUUCCGCCCUAACAGCAGCCGGAUUCCCCUCUAUUCGCGUCUCGACACCUCACUCCCUCGGCAUCCUCGCCGCCUCUCAACCCCCUUCCGCCGGCCGCUUUCGCUCUGUUUACGACCGCGCCAUCUUCUCCCCGAUGCUCGAUUUCCACCGCCGCACAAAAACCCCCUUCCUCUUCAAUCCUUAUCCCUACUUCGGCUACACAGAUGAGACUCUUAAUUACGCGCUUUUCAAGCCGAAUCAGGGAGUAUACGAUCCGGCAACGCAGAUUACUUAUACGAAUAUGUUCGAUGCACAAAUGGAUGCAGUGUUCUCCGCCAUGAAUCAGUUAGGGUACGGCGAUGUGGAGAUUGCGAUCGGGGAGACCGGAUGGCCGACUGCGGCUGAACCAGGGCAGGCAGGGGUCGAUCCCGCUGCCGCUGCGUCUUAUGUUACGAAUCUGAUCCAGCAUGUGAAUUCCGGGAAAGGGACGCCGUUGAUUCCGAAUCGCAAAUUUGAGACUUAUAUAUUCGCGCUUUUCAACGAGAAUUUGAAGCCUGGGCCGAUUGCCGAACGAAAUUGGGGCCUCUUCCAGCCUGAUUUUACACCGGUGUACGACUCCGGCGUUCUCCUCGGCGGAGGCAAGGUCAUGGUAAUAUAUAUAUAU